AUGCCAUCCGGUCUAGAGCUCCUAAGCCUAGUCAGUUCGAUCCAGUCGACCAUCGAGGUCAUCGACCGCGUAAUCACAGCCUUCAAAGACUUUCGCGACCAAGAAGAACAUGAAAAGGAUUUGCGCCUCAAGUUUCAAACCCACUGCAACACGCUACGUCGAUUGCAUCCUCUGAUCAAACGCAUGCAUGAAACAUCCGUCGACCUCGACGUCUCGGACUCGGAACGGAAGCUGAGCGAUGACGUCAAAAUUCGUCUCGACACUAUUCAAGUCCGGCUUGGAUCUAAACUGAAAGUGACGUCCGGGGAUGACAAUGGCAGCAGCCUGAAGAGGUACAGUUUAGGCAGUCGAACUGCGUGGGCUGGGUGGCGCAAACGGGAGAUGUUCGAGCUUGAAAAGUCGCUCUUCGACUGGAUACAGCGUGUGGAGCUCAGCUGUUCUGUGCUCGAGGCGACCCAGAGAUUGACGGUGGGAAGGGGGGGAGGGCGUGGAUCGUCGGGGGACGACCGCGUCGCGCUUUUGAUUGAUAUUUACAAAAAGAUCAAAGCCCGCGAUAUCACGAGCAUAGGCUUACUGAAGCCGAGAAAAUCGCUCAGUUUCGAGUCAAAUAUGUCUCAUCGGACUCUUGCCUAUUACACCGGAGAUGAUGGGCAGCAACGGCAAGUCAUUGUCGAAUACACAGCGAAGUCCUACACAGAGCACGAUACUGAAGCCAAGAUAGACUCCAUCGAGCAGGCGACCUGCGAUCUAGCCAAGACGCUCGUGCACUCAGACCCGGAGCGGACGCUGAUCUUGCGAGCUCUUGGCUAUUUCCACGACGUACCUAUGAAGAAGUUCGGCCUGAUCUACGAGAUUCCACCUAGUGAGCAGCCGCGCGAGGCGGAGGCGGCAACAGGCGCAGCACCAAAGAUCUUGACACUCCGUGACAUACUCGCCAAACGGCCUCGUUUCUCGCUGUCGCAGAAACUAAGGCUCUGCUGUGACAUUGCCAAAGCAGUUCUCUACAUCCACGUCAUGGACUGGGUGCACAAGGGCCUCCGCCCGGACAAUAUUCUUUUCCUGGAGAGCGCGUCAAAGUCAACCGUCAUCGACGAGAACUUUGCGCACAUCCUACCGCCGUGCUACGUAGCCGGGUUCGAACACUCCAGGGGCGUGCAAAUGGAGUCAGACAGGACAGGGGACGGCAAGUGGGAUAAGAACCUUUAUCACCAUCCGAAUCGACAGGGCUUGCAAGGGAACAGCGAGUAUAGUAUGCUGCAUGAUAUAUACUCGGUUGGGGUCUUGCUGCUGGAGAUCGGGCUUUGGGGGAGGACUCCCCUGGUGCCAUUUCGGGCCAACCCAACGGCGUUUGACACGUCUACACCUCUUAGAAUGAAGGAGUCCCUUCUCGAGCUGGUAGAAGGUACUCGCAGAGGUAUCCCCAAGCGCUCUGGACUUGCGGCAUUCAUGGGGGACAAGUAUGCGAGUGUGGUGCGAUACUGUCUUGAGGUGAGCGAGACGUCAGCAGAAGCGCCAAUCGGGUAUCAAUUUGUUCAGGAAGUAUGGGUGAAGCUGGAUUCCAUUCGAGCAGCGCUCUAG